AUGACGUUGGGGCAGGUCAGGACGGCGGAGAAGUCCAAUGAGAUCACCGCCAUUCCCCAACUGCUGGACUUGCUGGAUCUGCACGGCUGCAUCGUGACCAUUGACGCCAUGGGCUGCCAGCGGGAGAUUGCCCAGCAGAUCACAGACGGCGGGGCCAAUUACGUCCUGGCGGUGAAGGAGAACCAGGGGUCAACUCCACGAGGGCAUCCGAGACCUGUUCGAGGGGGCGGAGGCGUUGGGCUUUGA